AGGGCCCUGUCGGCGCCUGGGCAGCGGACACGGGUCGUUGCUUUGGUGUCUGUCACUUCUGUCGCCACCUCCUCUGCCAACACCAACACUGACCUCCGUCAUGAACCCCGACCUGCGCAAGGAGCGGGCCUCCGCCACCUUCAAUCCGGAGUUGAUCACGCACAUCUUGGAUGGCAGUCCGGAGAAUACCCGGCGCCGUCGAGAAAUUGAGAACUUGAUUCUGAACGACCCAGACUUCCAGCAUGAGGACUAUAACUUCCUCACUCGAAGCCAGCGUUAUGAGGUGGCUGUUAAGAAGAGUGCCACCAUGGUGAAGAAGAUGAGGGAAUAUGGCAUCUCGGACCCUGAAGAAAUCAUGUGGUUUAAAAACUCUGUGCACCGAGGGCAUCCUGAGCCUUUGGACCUUCACUUGGGCAUGUUCCUACCCACCUUGCUUCACCAGGCCACCGCAGAGCAGCAGGAGCGCUUCUUCAUGCCGGCCUGGAAUUUGGAGAUCACGGGCACUUAUGCGCAGACAGAGAUGGGUCAUGGAACUCAUCUUCGAGGCUUGGAAACCACUGCCACAUAUGACCCCAAGACCCAAGAGUUCAUUCUCAACAGCCCUACUGUGACUUCCAUUAAGUGGUGGCCUGGGGGACUUGGGAAAACUUCCAAUCACGCAAUAGUUCUGGCUCAGCUCAUCACUCAAGGAGAGUGCUACGGGUUACAUGCCUUUGUUGUCCCUAUCCGUGAAAUUGGGACCCACAAGCCCUUGCCAGGCAUCACUGUCGGGGAUAUCGGUCCCAAAUUUGGUUAUGAAGAGAUGGAUAACGGCUACCUGAAGAUGGACAAUUACCGUAUUCCCAGAGAGAACAUGCUGAUGAAAUACGCCCAGGUGAAGCCUGAUGGCACAUAUGUAAAGCCUUUGAGUAACAAGCUGACGUAUGGGACCAUGGUUUUUGUGAGGUCCUUCCUCGUGGGAAAUGCAGCUCAGAGUCUGUCCAAGGCUUGCACAAUCGCCAUACGAUACAGCGCUGUGAGGCGCCAGUCUGAAAUCAAGCAAAGCGAACCAGAACCACAGAUUUUGGAUUUUCAAACCCAGCAGUAUAAACUCUUCCCGCUCCUGGCCACUGCCUAUGCCUUCCACUUCGUAGGAAGGUACAUGAAGGAGACCUACCUUCGAAUUAAUGAGAGCAUUGGCCAAGGGGACCUGAGUGAACUGCCUGAGCUUCACGCCCUCACUGCUGGGCUGAAGGCUUUUACUACUUGGACAGCCAAUGCUGGCAUCGAAGAAUGUCGAAUGGCCUGCGGCGGGCACGGCUAUUCUCACAGCAGUGGGAUUCCAAAUAUUUACGUCACUUUUACCCCGGCCUGCACCUUCGAGGGAGAGAACACUGUUAUGAUGCUGCAGACAGCCAGGUUCUUGAUGAAAAUCUACGACCAGGUGCGGUCGGGGAAGUUGGUGGGUGGUAUGGUGUCAUACCUGAAUGACCUGCCGAGUCAGCGGAUCCAGCCACAGCAGGUGGCAGUCUGGCCAACUAUGGUGGACAUCAACAGCCUGGAGGGCCUGACAGAAGCCUACAAGCUUCGUGCAGCCAGAUUGGUAGAAAUCGCUGCAAAAAACCUUCAGACUCACGUGAGUCACAGGAAGAGCAAGGAAGUAGCAUGGAACCUAACCUCUGUCGACCUUGUUCGGGCAAGUGAGGCGCAUUGCCACUACGUGGUCGUUAAGGUCUUCUCAGACAAACUCCCCAAGAUUCAAGACAAAGCCGUCCAAGCUGUGCUGAGGAACCUGUGUCUCUUGUAUUCUCUCUAUGGGAUCAGCCAGAAAGGAGGGGACUUUCUUGAGGGGAGCAUCAUCACAGGGGCUCAGCUGUCACAAGUAAACGCUCGGAUCCUGGAGCUGCUCACCCUGAUCCGCCCCAAUGCUGUUGCUCUGGUGGAUGCCUUUGACUUUAAGGACAUGACACUUGGCUCUGUUCUUGGCCGCUAUGAUGGAAAUGUGUAUGAAAACUUGUUUGAGUGGGCCAAGAAAUCCCCACUGAACAAAACAGAGGUCCAUGAAUCUUACCACAAGCACUUGAAGCCCCUGCAGUCCAAGCUUUGAAGUUUCCCUGGGACACGUCUGAGCUCCACAAGCAGCAGAAACUCUCUCCUCUACUCACUAAUCCUUGUGAAAUCGUCAUCAAAUUUGUGUAGCUACAGAGCAAAUGAUGGGUUUCUUUUCCUCCCUAUAAGUAAAGAGAAAUGAACAGACUUUAGAGAUUAAAUGAGAAAUUCGGUGUUGUAAGUGCAGUAAUGCAGACAGAGACGUAGGAACUCAGAAAGCUUCAGAGCUGUGGUCUGACUUGCAUUUGUACUGCUGCUAAUCUCAGUAGGCCUUGACUCUGGAGAAUUAACAGAGUUUUAACUACAAAUACUUACUUAUUUUCACAUUUUUACUGCUAAUCACUGGAUAUAUGUUUUUUAAACAAAAGUGUUAUAUAGAGUGGAAUUUUCCAGGCAUUCGUGCCUACCACUUUCUGAUCUACUGCUAAGAGCAGGAGUUUGGGGGCCAGAAACUAAUAGAAACCUUGAUGUGGGUGUGUGGCUGUCACACAGGCCGCUGCUGCCUGCCAUGUGGGUGUGUCACCCCUAUUAACUGUCACAUUAACAUAGUCAACAAGAGGACUCCUUCAACACCCACCCACCAAGAAACCAGAGUUCCCGAUGGGCACGAGCACCCACUCCAGGCUCAGCCUUCGUGGUAGUGGCACUACUGCGCCUUUGACCCCACUUUUUGACACAGUUAAGUUACUUGUCUUACCUCCAGGCUUUCAGCCAUUGCCUGGAUUUCAGUCAUGGUGGCUGACCUUCCCUUUCUUGCUUGCCUUCCUUCUCCUGAAAGAGAUAAAAGAGAUAGUAGUCAGCCUCUCCUCAUAGAUUAAGUAUAUGGAGAGCCCUCAGCUAUGGUAUUACUGUAUUUUGGUGACUUUGUUAAGUAAAUUUCCUGGGACAAUCCUGAUUUGAAAGAUUCUGUAUUCUGUUGCACAAGCUAUUAAAAUGCUCAGUGGUCACCAAAGUAUUUCACACACACACACUCACAAAUCACUCAGGUCACCUUUUACACUAGAAAUAACAGGAAAGCCCUGGCCACAGCCAUCUGCUGAGAGUGUUAGUUGAGAUGUUUCGUUGAAGAUGGCUGAAGAAAGUGCAGGCCCUGGGGAGUUUCUCCUUGCUGAGAGCCGGCUCUGUGGUGAGCCCCUAGCAGCCUUACGAGGCGGUGAAACGGCCCCUUCAGAUGAGGAGCAGCCUCUACAAUCAUUCUGAGCUUAAAGGUGAAAUAUGCACCUUUUGUCCUAUAAAUGUCCUAUAAAUGCUUGGGGGGAGGGGUAAUGUUUUGUUUUUUUUUUCUUGAAACAGGGCCCAGAAUGGCCUUGAACUCUGAUCCUCACAACCUGGUAAAUGCUGGGCCUACAGGUGUGCGCCGACAUGUCUGGCUGAUCGGAGCUCUUUAUUCUUAAAAGCACAGUAGGGAGAUGAUUGUAACAUUAAGUCUGUGUCUGUGGCAUUCGCAUUGUGAGAGCAGUUCCUUAGAACAGUUCUGAGAGCACAGCAUCAAUGUAGUGAAAACGAUGUCGACGCCUGACAUGAAAUCACAACCCUCCGGGUCAUCGACACAAGCCUUAACCUUUCUCCUGGAAUGACUGGUAAUCCCUUAAGAUUGACAGUACACAGCAUGUCACCUUGUUGGGGUUUCUAUUGACAGUAAUUCAUAUUCUGGAAAGGAACUAAUAAAUAUAAAUGACCGAG